AUGAAGAAAAUGUCAGCUCGUAUGUUACUUAUACUUCUGGUAGUGUUAGCAGUCAAACUUAGUAAUGCUGACAGUGAGGAUGAGGAAGCACAUAAUGAUGAUACAUCGGACUCCGCCUCUGUAGCAAAUGAACCUGUAGAUGAAGAGAAGGUAGAAUAUGCAAGAGGUUCAGUUUGUGGAUACUGCACUUACUGUAAGGUCAUCUGCAAAUAUCUUUUCUUUCUACUUCUUAUUUUAUAUAACAUUGAAUGCUCUCUCAUGUGUGAUAAGGACUGCCCCUGUGAGAGGAGCAAGACCAAGCCAAACUGCCACAUGUGCAAGUAUUGCAAAUACUGCUACCUGUGCUCUGCAUUCUGUGACACCAUUUGUACGCCAGGUGGUGUUCUUGAUAGAGUGUCUGGAGCCAUUGUGAACUCUCUGCCAUCGUUCAGCAAGGAGGAAGUGGAGGAGGACAUAGCGUCGGUGAAAACAUGGAUUGAACAGAAGAAAGAUGAACUGUAA